AUGAAGGAUGAAGCUCACAUCAAGCAACACUUCGAGGACAAAGAUCAAUGUGGAGACGAUGACGGAAGAGCAGAGAAGGAGGAAAAACGGGGACCUGGAAACCCGGUGGCUGACGAGGAUUCGAUGGUGAAAAUGAUCGACGGUGUGCUCGAGCAAAUGGAUAUUAAUGGAGAUGGCUACAUCGACUUUGCCGAGUACAUGAAAGUUGGGAAC